AGUUGGUACAACGGCACAAGAAGACAAUCGACCCGACAAGUCGGCGAGUGAAACUCCGUGCACAUAUCAUUUAAAUUUUGAAAUUCAUUCGAACCGUCUUAUAGUUACCCGGAAAGGUUGAGGAACUAAGAGGAUCCGUGCGUUUUCGUCCCGCACGCUAGGUAAUGUCAUCGAACAUGGCGUGGCAGCCUCAGGAGGAGGGCUUGAUGCAAAUAUUGCAGCUUUUGAAGGAAUCACAGUCACCCGACAACGUUAUUCAGCGAGCAGUGCAACAAAAAUUGGAAGAGCUAAACAACUUCCCUGAUUUUAACAACUACCUUAUUUUUGUGUUAACAAAGCUCACAAGUGAAGAUGAACCAACACGCUCUCUUAGUGGGCUUAUCUUAAAAAAUAAUGUCAAAUCAUACUUCCACAAAUUUCCACCUGAAGUUACGGAGUUCAUCAAACAGGAAUGUUUGUCCGCUGUUGGGGAUCCUUCUCCUUUAAUAAGGGCUACUGUAGGUAUCUUAAUCACCACCAUUGCUUACAAAGAGGAGUUGAUCCAUUGGCCUGCUUUGCUUCCCGCUCUGUGUCAAAUGCUGGACUCGCACGACUACAAUGUUUGUGAGGGAGCUUUCGGUGCAUUGCAAAAGAUCUGUGAAGACUCGGCUGAACGACUUGAUAGUGACGCAUUGAACCGACCUUUGAACAUUCUCAUCCCAAAAUUCCUUCAGUUUUUCCAACACAACAGCCCCAAAAUCAGGUCUCACGCUAUCGCCUGUGUCAAUCAAUUUAUCAUUGGAAGGACUCAGGCUCUGAUGUUGCACAUUGACUCGUUUUUAACGAGUCUUUUCCAUCUGGCCACCGAUGAUGAUCCUGAAGUUAGGAAAAAUGUGUGCAGAGCAUUGGUCAUGCUUCUCGAAGUUCGAAUGGACAGACUUAUCCCACAUAUGCACAACAUUAUAGAGUACAUGCUUCUGCGGACCCAAGAUCCGGAUGAGGGUGUUGCACUUGAGGCCUGCGAGUUUUGGCUUUCGCUUGCCGAGCAGCCUGUUUGCAAAGAUGCUCUAGCACCGCAUCUUAACAGACUUGUGCCAGUCCUUGUUCGAGGAAUGAAAUACUCAGAGAUUGACAUAAUUUUGUUAAAAGGUGACGUAGAAGAAGACGGAAUGGUUCCGGACAGAGAAGAGGACAUUCGACCCAGAUUUCACAAGUCACGAACUCACACCAUAAAACAUGCUGAAGAAAAUGGCGAUGGUGAGGAGGAUGAUGAUGAUGAUGUCAUGGAUGAUGACAAUUCACUCUCGGACUGGAACCUCCGCAAAUGCAGUGCUGCUGCACUUGACGUGCUUGCCAAUGUCUUCCAUGAAGAGCUACUUCCAGUGCUGGUGCCUAUUUUGAAGGAGACGCUGUUCCAUCAGGAGUGGGACAUCAAGGAGUCGGGAAUCCUAGCAUUGGGUGCCAUCGCUGAAGGAUGCAUGCAAGGAAUGAUUCCGCAUCUGCCUGAGCUCAUUCCCUACCUAAUCAACUGUUUGUCUGACAAGAAAGCCCUUGUUCGUGCCAUCACUUGCUGGACCCUCAGCAGAUAUUCACACUGGGUCGUCACCCAACCUCACGAACAGUAUUUGAAGCCCCUGAUGACUGAGUUGCUUAAAAGAGUUUUGGACGGAAAUAAACGAGUGCAGGAGGCGGCUUGCUCUGCUUUUGCCACUCUAGAGGAAGAAGCGUGCACCGAAUUAGUUCCAUACCUUGGUUUCAUCCUCGAAACCCUGGUAUUUGCAUUCAGCAAGUAUCAGCACAAGAACUUGCUUAUUCUUUAUGAUGCCAUUGGAACAUUGGCAGACUCUGUGGGCCACCACCUUAAUAAACCAGAUUACAUAAACCUUUUGAUGCCACCUCUUAUCCAAAAGUGGAACGUUUUGAAGGACGAAGACAAAGAUCUCUUUCCUCUGCUUGAGUGUCUCUCGAGUGUAGCCACUGCCCUUCAGUCGGGUUUCCUUCCAUACUGUGAGCCUGUUUACAGACGCUGCGUGUCUCUUGUUGAGCAAACUCUUGGCCAGCACAUAUAUUCCCAGGCAAAUACUCAAAGUCCUGAACAGUACGAAGCUCCCGAUAAGGACUUUAUGAUUGUGGCGCUUGAUCUCUUAUCUGGCCUGGCAGAGGGUUUAAAUGGCCACAUAGAGAAGCUGGUGGUCAACUCAAAUAUCAUGCCCCUGCUCUUCCAAUGCAUGCAAGACCCAAUGCCUGAAGUAAGGCAAAGUUCCUUUGCUCUUCUAGGCGACCUCACCAAAGCGUGUUUCCAGCAUGUCCAACCAUGCAUUCCUCAAUUCUUCCCCAUUUUGGCUCAAAAUCUAAACCCCGAGUUCAUUUCUGUCUGCAACAAUGCUACCUGGGCGAUAGGAGAAAUUGCAAUCAAAUUAGGUCUUGAAACUAGCACAUACAUACCACUGGUUUUGGACCAACUGGUGGUCAUUAUCAACAGGCCGAAUACGCCAAAAACUCUCCUGGAAAAUACAGCUAUUACUAUUGGCCGGCUAGGGUAUGUGUGCCCUCAUGAGGUGGCUCCUCUGUUACAACAGUUUGUGCGGCAGUGGUGCACUUCACUGCGCAACAUACGAGAUAAUGAAGAAAAGGACUCUGCCUUUCGAGGUAUCUGUCAAAUGAUCACCGUCAACCCAGCUGGUGUUGUGCAGGAUUUCAUAUUCUUCUGCGAUGCGGUUGCUUCGUGGAUCAGCCCCAAGGAGGAUUUGAAAGAGCUGUUCACAAAGAUUUUGCAUGGCUUCAAGAAUCAAGUUGGCGAAGAAAACUGGAAACGGUUCUCAGACCAGUUCCCUGUCCAGCUGAAAGAGAGGCUUUCAACCAUGUACGGCGUGUGAAUUGCCUCACCACCUUUGGAGGACACAGUUGCUGCUCCUCUCCGUCGUACGGUAGGGUAUCUCGGGCGGGAGGGUGGGUGGGUGAAACCACUGCUAAUUUGAGUACACACAAACACAAACUUUGAGCUGCAGGGAGGGGGGGUGCUACUUUAUGCGGGCCUGUUUUAUCUCUCACUUACGCAGCAUCAAAACCACCAAUCAAAGGACGAAAUCUUAAAUAUACAAGCAAAGGACGGGCGCGACUCUCUCUCGAGAGUGGAAAUUCGACUGUGGGCUUCAAAUUCUAAAGCGGAAUAUUGAUUUAAAAAAACCGAACGCAUACAUACAUCAUAUUUUGUGGGGUAAAUGUUACAACAAACUGCUAAAAUAAUACAAGAAGAAAGAUACGCAAGGUAUUUAGAGCCCAGAUACUGAAAAAGCGAUAUUCAAAAACAAAGGUACCCAGCAUAUCAAAAUUGUCAAAAGUAAAAUGUUUUGGUAGUGAAUAUUAGGGGCAGAGCUGAGAAGUAUUGUUUGAUAUAACCUCUUCCAUCUCUUUGAAACAAUCAGUAGCAGAAGCCCGAUUUUGGUGAAGAGCGUUUAAACAAAACCGAGUUGUCGUACUACUUUUUUGUUUUCACCUCUUUUGUUGAGUAUGUAGUGAUCCUGCCUGUGUAUAGACAAUGGCUGGUUCCUGCUCAAUUGUAAUUAAUCAACUACUCUUGCAUGCCUAUUAGGACCAAUGUUUUCCACAUUAUAUUUUGUUUUUCUUUUUAUUGCAAAGAAAGAAGGAACUAUUAUCUACUGAUGAUUACUUGUGACCUCUGCGCACAUAACCUUUUUGAACUUGAUGGCGUUGCUGUUCAAUUUUUCUAUUAGAAGAUCCAAGUUGGCAAAGAACUUUUAAAUGAUUAAUAAUUGAUAAUAAGGUGCUUUAUACCUGUUUAUUAUGUAUGGAUUUAUUUUUGUUAUUUAUUGUAAGAACGAUAUUGCUUUGAUAGCAAUUUUUUAAUUAUUUUUUCACUUGAUAGGCUGUCAAUCAAGCGGGGGGACUGAUUUUUAUAGUACUGUUGUAAUUGUGAGGACGAACCAACUUUUUAAACACUUUAUAUACUGAAAAUGAAAGAACUGCUAAUGUUAGGGAUUAAAUAAUUCUUUAUUGUGAUGAUAGGUUAAUUAGAAAUGACGAAUUGAUAAAAAAAAUUUAUAUCGACAUAAAAACAAAUAUUGUGAGUUUGAGGGGCUUCUAGAAGAAAAUCAAAGAGAGUAACUAAUUAAACAAUUAAUCAUUUUUGUUGUAUUCCAUGCAAUUAUAUUAUGUAUUCUUAUUGUUAGGCUGUUGUCAGGGACUUGUUCAGUGAUACAAUGCCACCUUUAUUAAAUGAUUUGCCAUUGUCGCCAACUUGCGCUCUGCAAUCCUGAUGAAAGUUGACCAACGCCUCAAGUUAGUGUAGCUAGCUCAGUAUAAUAUAUGUGAAGGGUUUCCGCCUGUGUUUCACCUUCGGCUCCCUGUCCUUGGACGAGCAAUACAUUUAUCAAUACCUCCAGUUCAUAGUUUGAACUGUGCGGGAGCGACAAGAAGUGUUGAAAAUACGGGUUGAUACCCUCACUCCUUAGUGCUUUGUUUUAUGUUAAAAUUGUUCAUCUAGCUUGAAUAAAUUUCUACUGUCAGAUCCUUUA